AUGGCUAGAUGGACACAGAGUAUGAUUCAAACAAUGGAAUAUGGUAUUUAUUUCUUCUUUGCCUCAGUUGCUUUGAUAUCUGUUCCAUUUGUAUAUUUUCUUCUUCCUGAGACCAAAGGCUUGCCUUUGGAAUCUAUGGAUAAGUUAUUCAAGAUUUAUCCUGUGAGGAAAGCUCAUAAGAUUGUUUUGAAUAGUCUGAGACUUCAAAAUGAAGAAAUAUUCCAUGACAAUAACAAUUUAUUCAAGAUAGAUACAAACAAGCCUGUUGUAGAAAAUGUUGAAGAUAUAUUUGCUAAUGAACGGAAAAAUGUUGAUGAUUGA